AUGUUGAUAGAUGAAGUCAAACGGACACCUAGCUUAAAGAAGAUUCGGGUAAAAAAAAUUUCAGGCAUUAUGAUUCAAACUACACCUGAAGUGAAAUGGGCGCAACGUUCAUCAUCAUCGGAUCCAGAAAAAAAUGUUUUAUAUUUAACAUUAGUAGUGCCAGAUGUUUCUGAUCCAGUAGUUAAUAUAACAGAAACUACGUUGACACUUGAUGCAUUGACUAAAGAUGGCAGCAUUAAAUAUUGUUUGACAUUAUAUUUUUAUAAGGAUGUAGAGCCAGAGAAUUAUAAGUUAUAUCGUACAGAUCGUUGUUUAGCUCUUACAAUUCGUAAGAAAGAGGCAGAUGAGAAGUAUUGGCCUCGAUUGAUUCAAUCGUCGGACAAAUUUGGAUAUAUUCGUACUGAUUUUGACAAGUGGGUGGAUGAGGAUGAGCAGAAUGCACGUCCUGGUGAUGAUUUUUCGUCUCAAUUUGGGGGAAUGGGUGAUUUUGAUUUUAACAAGUUUUCAGAUGGAAUUGGUUCUGAAAAUAUGCCAAAAUUAGAUGAUAUCGAUUCAGAUGAUGAUAGCGAUAUUGAAGAGGAUUCUAUUAAAGAUGAUUCGAAUGAGGAUGUAGUAUCUAUGGAUAAAGAUUAA